CAUCCACCGAGCAGCACUUCGGUAGCUUCACUAGUACUUCCUCAUCACCACACACAAACAACAUUAUGAAAUUGUUCAUCUUACUCGCCGCGGUGGCUGUGUGUAAUGCCGCUAAACUAGACAAGACUUACCUCCCGCCGCACGCGCAGAGCUCAGGAGGCUCGGGGGGCAUCCUGCAGGCGCCUGGAUUGGACGCCAGGCAAGGACUGAACCCCUUCGGAGCCAACCGCUUUGGCCCAGCCGGCAACGGCGCUCCCGCCUACAGUCAAAGCGCUUACGAAGUCGCCAACCGCGCCGAGCGCCCCCGAGCUGCUCUAGAGAGGAACGCUGCUAUCCUCCGCCAGGACAACUCCAACGACGGCGAGCGGUACUCAUACGCUUAUGAGACCGAGAAUGGCAUCUACGCUGAAGAAAACGGAGUGGCAACCAACGGAGUCGAGGCUCAGGGCGGGUUCGCGUACACCGGAGAUGAUGGACAACUCUACUCUAUCAAAUACACCGCCGACCAGAACGGUUUCGUGCCGCAGGGCGACCACCUCCCAACACCUCCCCUGUCCCUGAAGGAGAUCCUCAGAGCGCUGGAGCAAAACGCGCGCGACGAGGCCGCCGGCAUCUACGACGAUGGUGAGGCUGAGUUAUUUUUGGGAUAG